GUUGAGGUCAAAGUGAAAUGUUUUUACACUGUUCAGAUUGGAGACAGAAAUUUUCUAUCUCCACACAGUGACACAGUCUCCAUCAGCAUACAAAGUGAGUAAUACAAGUGUUGUCAAUAUUAUUUAUUAUUUUGUGAUAAUCAGAAAGAAACAAAUUGGUUCAAGCAGUCUGAUUUAAAGAGUUGGAAUAUUGUCAAAAGGCAUCCUCUAUAAGUAUACAUUUGUCAAGUGAUUUAUUUGAAUGAAAAUGCUUCUGCAGAUUUAAUAUGUAUUUGAGCUACAAUUGUUUUGUGUGUUUUAAUAAUUAUUUUGAGAGUGAUUAUAUAAGACAAUCUGUUGUUUCUAUUGUUUUUAAUCAUAAAAACACCAAAACAAACAUACUAAUGGGAGCACUGGUGGAACAUGUAUUAUACUGUGAUCCAGCGGUGAUCACAGAGACAGACUCAGUCACACUGAACUGUCAGACUCCAUCAUCAGUGUCUCAGUGUCAGUACUUCACUUUAAGUGGAGGAACUGUGAGGACAUUUUCCUGUCUGCAGACACUGACAGGAAGUGAACUGCUGAAGAUGGAUCAUCAGAGUUCACCUGCUGAGGUCAAAGUGAAAUGUUUUUACACUGUUCAGAGUGGAGACAGAAAUGCUCGAUCUCCAGAAAGUGAAUAUUCCUCUGUCUCUGUUCAAAGUGAGACAAACUCAAACAAGGAGAGUCUCAGCACUUUGACAACCUCAGUUUCUAUUGUAACUUCACCUGCUGAUCAAGGUAUUGUAGAGAAAGAGUCCAGACGGACCCAGAGGACGCCAUCACUUAUCACAACCACAGGUCUGCCUACAAGUAGCUCUAGUGCCUCCACUAUUGUGAGACCUUUGAAAAAAACAUCAGGUUGGACUGUUGGCACAGCAAGUAACAAUGAUGGUCCCAACUUUGCCCACUCAACAUCAGUGAAACCAGAAUCAGGUCCGACUGUAAGUCCUCCGGAUACUAAAGAAUUGUGGAAUUGGACGUUUGUCUGGGUUUUCACUGGUUGUGGAUCUACUGUGGUCAUCACAGUGAUUGUUAUUGUUAUUCUUUGGAAGAAAAGAAGAGCUGGUAUUGUAGAGAAAGAGUCCAGAAGGACCCAGAGAAUGCCAUCACUCAUCACAACCACAGCGGUCUUUGUACCAUAUUGACUCUACCAUCUAUGAGGGUCAGACUGCAGCAGCCAGCAAAGACAUGAUCUACAGCAAGCUGCAGGCACACUGACAUGCUAACAGUUUAAAAGUGUGUUCAAGAAGAGAAGAAGUUGACUGAUGUGAUGUAGAACCAGAGGUACCCAUCAUGGACCAGACAGCAGCUGUCAUAUUUCUGAGGUAACGGUAACGGCCCGAGCCCCGAUGGUUGGGGACCCCUGAUGUAGAGUAAUCCUGAGCUUCUGUCAUGUCUUCUUCUCAAAUCAACCAAGAUGUAAAACGAACCCAAAGUUUUCCAAUGUCUUUCAGUCAGAAUAUCAAGUUCAAUCCAAAAGUGUUUGAUUGAAGGUGAAGACAAUAUUUUUGGAUUAACUUCGUCUCAGUCUUGUUGUUUGCUUACUUCUGCACAAACACUGUAUGCUACAGACCCAAUGCAAAAUAUUUGAAUCUUUGUAUAUUUUAAAUAAACCUGAAUUAAUGUGUU